AUGUUCAGGAACAGCUAAUAAUUGUACAGGCCAUGCUCCUCCCCAUGUUUUGAAUGUAUAACUAAUGAUACAAAAUGCACUAAAUGCACUGGUUCUUAUUUUUUAAAUGAUUUCUAAUGCGUAACCUCAAAUCUCUGUCCUUCUGGUAAAUACGCCGAGAUAAAAACUAAUAAAUGCGAAUUUUGUGAUACUAAGAUCUGCAAGACAUGUACGGAAACUCCUAAAAAAUGCACUAGCUGUCCUAUUGGAGCAUUUUUAUAGGAUAAUACUUGCAAAUCGAAUUGUUCAAAAGGAACAUAUGGAAAUUCUACUAGUGGUAUAUGUGAACCUUGUAAUUCUAAAUGCAAAAGUUGCGUAGGCCCUUCUAUAAGCGAUUGUUCUAGUUGUUCUCCUGGAUCAGGCUAUUUUAAUCCUAUUACAAAGAUCUGUUCAUUUACUUGUCCUGUGGGUUACUAUUAAAACAAUACAUAUCCGGAUGAUUUAUAAUGCUCUAAAUGUCAAAUAGGAUGUGAUUAAUGUGAUAACCUUUCUACAUGUACUUUGUGUAAUUCUAGUUAUUUUUUCUUAAAUGGAAAUUGUUUGACUUCAUGUCCUAGUUCUUAUUCUAAAAAUAUAGUAAAUAAAAUAUGCGUUAAAUGUAAUGAUACAUGCUUCUAGUGUGAGGAUAAUGAGAUUAAUAAUUGCACAGAAUGUUAAGGAGAUAAAUUUUUAUAAGACAAAUAAUGUAAAUAUACUUGUAAUGGAAAAUUUUAUCCAAAUAAAACUAAUAACAUAUGUAGUCAAUGUCAUAAUUUUUGUGAAUAAUGUAAUGGACCAACUAGUUUAGAAUGCACUAAAUGUUCAGGUGAUUUAUUUUUAGAAGUUGGUUAAUUUACUAAUACUUGUGAUAGUUGUGAUUAAACAUGUACUACAUGUUCUUUAGGUAAUUAACCUUAUUAAUGUGAUACUUGUAGUGGAAUUUUAUAUUUAAACCUUGAUAAUACUUGUUAAUAAACUUGUCCAUCAUAAUAUUUUAAAAAUUCAUCAAACUUUAAAUGUUAAAAAUGUAAUGAUACAUGUAAAGAAUGUAAUGGAAGUCUAUACACAUAAUGUACUGAAUGUACAGGUUUUUUAAAUUUAGACGUAAAUAAGUGUGUCUAAAACUGUCCUUUUGGUUAAUUUGCCUUAAAUAAUAAAUGUGAGCUCUGCGAUUCUAACUGUAAAUAAUGUUUAAAUUCUAAAACUUUAUGUACUGAAUGUAAUUCUCCUUUAUAUUUAGAUUUUACAGUAAAUAAAUGCAGAAGUAAAUGUCCUUUAGGUACCUAUAGUAAUUCUUUGAAUUAAAAAUGUGAAUCAUGUAAUACUAAAUGUUAUGGAUGUUCUGGUCCUUUAGCUAAUGAAUGUAAUUAAUGCACAGGUAUUUUAUUUUUGGACAUAAAAACUAAAACAUGUGUAGAAAAUUGUCCAGAUACUUUCUUUGGAGAUAAAACAACUUAAAUGUGCCAAUAAUGUGGUCCUAAUUGUACAUCUUGUGACCCUUUAAAUAUAAAUUAAUGUUUAUCUUGUAAAGGAGAUUUGUUUUUGUAUGAAGGAAAGUGUAUAAAAAAUUGCCCAGAAUAAUAUUUUGAAAAUAUUUCUUUAAAUAAUAAUAUAUGUGAUAGUUGUGAUCCUACAUGCUUAAGUUGUUUCGGAAAAGAAAAUAAUAAAUGCAUUUCAUGUAAUGGAGAUUAUUAUUUUUAUAAAAAUUAUUGUUUAAGAGAUUGCCCAGAAGGUACUUAUUAAAAAGACCAAAUUAAUAAUAAUAUAUGUGAUAACUGUAAUUCUAAAUGUACUGAAUGUAUAGGUCCUUUAGAAACAGAAUGCACAAAGUGUAGUGAAUCUCUUUUUUUAGAUUAAACAUAAUGUAUUUCAAGUUGUCCAGAAAGAAAAUAUAAAAAAAAUGGUCCAGGAAAUAUAAAUAACAUUUGUGAUGAUUGUCAUAAUACAUGUUACUUAUGUAAUGGUCCAUCUGAUAAUGAAUGUACUAAAUGUUCAGGUUCUAAAUAUUUUAAAGCAAAUAAAUGUCUUACUGAUUGCGGAAAUCAUUAAUAUGGUAAUCCAAUAACAUAAAAUUGCGAAAAUUGUAGUUCUAAUUGUCUUUAAUGUUUUUAAAAAGCAGAUGAUUGUACUGCAUGUGAUAUUUCUUUAUAUUUAAAUUAUACAAUCCCUUAAUCCUAAAAAUAUAUUCUUACUGGAAAAUGCUUUAGUACAUGCCCAUCAUAAUAAUUUGGUAAUUAAGUAACAAAUAAAUGUGAAAAAUGUGAUACCAAUUUAUGUAAGGAAUGCUCUAAAUCGUCUACUAAAUGCACUUAAUGCAGUUAACCGACUUUUUUAUUUGAUGAAAAAUGCAUUUUAAACUGCCCUAAAGGUACUUAUCCAGAUUAGAUUACUAAUAUAUGUUCUUAAUGCCAUAUUUCUUGUAAAUCUUGCCAUGGUAAAGAAUCAACUGACUGCAAUAGUUGCACAAUCGGAAAAUAUUAUGAUGAAAUAAGUAAAUAAUGUGUCGAAAAUUGUCCAUUAUUAUAUUAUAAAGAUGAUUCAUAAUAAAUAUGUGGAAAAUGUGAAAUACAUUGUCUGAAAUGCGAACAUAAUAACCCCGUUAUAUGCAACAAUUGUAUAGACAAUUAUUAUUUAUUUAAUGGUAAAUGUAGGGAUAGUUGUUAAGCAGAAACUUAUAAAAAUGGAGCUGAAUGUUUACCUUGUAAUUCAAGUGUCUGUAAAACUUGCAUAGAUACACCAACUAAGUGUACUUCGUGUUAAAAUGAUAAAUAUUUAUAAUAAAAUGAAUGUAAGGAAAAUUGUAAUGAUUUAUUUUAUAAAGGAUAAAAAAAUGGAAUUAAAAUGUGUAUACCAUGUUAAGAACCAUGCCUUUAAUGUGAAAAUGAAUUUAAAUGUUUAAGUUGCAUUUAAGGACUUUUUUUCAGUAAUUUUUCAUGUUUAAAAAAUUGUCCCUUAGGAUAAUUUUAAGAUACAAAAUCUAAAUUUUUAUUAUGUUAAGAUUGUGAUAUUUCAUGUACUUCAUGUUCAGGUCCUAGUAAUUCUGAAUGUUUAUCAUGUUCUGGCAGCUUAUAUUUCGAUUCACUAAAAAAACAAUGCGUAAAUUAAUGUGAUUCAGGUUAUUUUAGUAACUUAAUUUUUAACCUUUGUGAAAAAUGUAAUUCAGUUUGUUUAGAAUGUUAAGGUACUUCUAUAUAAUGCACAAAAUGUCCAAUGGACCUAUAAUUAGUUGGAAGUUAAUGUAUUCCCUGCGCAAAAGGUUUUUUUUAUAAUAAAAUAGCUUAAGAUUGUUAAAAAUGUUAGAAUCCCUGUUUAGAAUGUAAAAAAUAAGAAGACAUAUGUUUAAAAUGCAUACCUGGAACCUAUUUAUAUAAUAAUAUGAUAACUUAAACAAUCCAAUGUUUAUAAGAGUGUCCUUUAAACACUUAUCUUUUAAACAAUUCUUAAUGUGUGGCUUGUAAUGUAAAUUGCAUAUCUUGUAAAGGUCCAAGUGAUUAGGAUUGUCUUAUUUGUGCAUUUGAACUUGUUUUUGAUCCUUUAUAGAAUUAAUGUAGCACUUAAUGUUAACAAGGUUAUUUUAUUGAUGAUAUUUAUUUCCCUUCAUAAUCAAAUAUUUAAUUUAAAAAAUGCGAAAUGUGUCAUCCAACAUGUCUUUCAUGUACAGGAUCUUUACCAAAUUAAUGCUUAGAAUGUUAUCCCAACGCAAUAAAACAUUAAGGAUAAUGUUUAGAAGAAUAACCUGAUGGCCUUUUUAUAAAGGAAAACAAAUUUUUACCUUGUCACUGAUCUUGUAAAAAAUGCAUAUCUGAAAACGAGAAUAGUUGUACAUAAUGCUACCCACAAACCUUUUUACUUGAAGGAAAAUGUGUAUAAACAUGCCCUUAAUUCUAAUUCGGGAAUAUCAAUGAAUUAGAAUGCCAAAAUUGUUCCCCAGAAUGCUAGACUUGUUAAAUUGAGUCUAAUAAUUGUACUUAAUGUAAAAACCCAAAACUGUUAAUUUAAUAUGGAUCUUGUGUAGAAUAAUGUGAUUUUUAAAAAUACUUUUAGGAAAAAAAAAAUUGCUUAAAAUGCCAUCCUAUGUGUAAAUAUAGUUGCUCAGGUCCAUCUGAAAAAGAUUGCUUAUAAAAAAAAUAAUAAAUAUAUUAGGCUUAUAUAUUUAUAGUCUUUAUAUCACAUACAGUGUUAAU